AUGUGUGAUGAUAUAGCGAGCGUUCAGCCGGUGGCCACGCCGGUCGACAGAGCACCUCCUCCCGGCCACAGGCAGCACGGAGCUGCCGCGGGCUCCGGUACCGGUGACAUGAUGAUGAUGAUGUCUUGCUCCGGAUCGGUGGUGCUGCCGGCCGGGGUGAUAAACCCCUCGGUUCCGAUUCGGAAUAUCAAGACGAAAUUCGCAGUCCUCACCGGUCUCAUUCAAGUCGGCGAGGUCAGCAAUAGAGAUAUAGUGGAAACAGUGUUGAAUCUGCUGGUUGGUGGUGAGUUUGAUCUGGAGAUGAACUUCAUCAUCCAGGAUGCAGAGGCCAUCAUCUGCAUGUUGGAGCUGCUGGAACACUGUGAAGUCACAUGCCAGGCGGAAAUCUGGAGCAUGUUUACUGCCAUACUGCGCAAGAGUGUCCGCAACCUGCAGACCAGCACUGAGGUCGGCCUCAUUCAGAGGCUUUUGCUCAAAAUGAGCUCUGUGGAUGACAUGAUCGCAGACUUGCUGGUGGAUAUGCUGGGAGUUCUGGCCAGCUACAGUAUCACCGUCAAAGAACUCAAAUUGCUCUUCAGCAUGCUGAGAGGAGAAGGAGGAUUGUGGCCAAGACAUGCAGUCAAACUGCUCUCAGUUCUGACUCAAAUGGCACAGAGACACGGACCAGACACUUUCUUUAACUUCCCUGGCCGAAGUGCAGCUGCGAUUGCGUUACCUCCCAUUGCUAAAUGGCCUUAUCAGAACGGCUUCACCCUCAACACCUGGUUCCGCAUGGAUCCUCUGAACAACAUCAACGUGGACAAAGACAAACCCUACCUUUACUGUUUCCGCACAAGCAAAGGCAUCGGCUACUCGGCACAUUUUGUGGGAAACUGCUUGAUUGUGACGUCGUUGAAGUCGAAAGGAAAGGGCUUCCAGCACUGCGUGAAAUAUGACUUUCAGCCCCGCAAGUGGUACAUGAUUAGCAUCGUUCACAUCUACAACCGCUGGAGGAACAGUGAGAUUCGCUGCUACGUAAAUGGACAGCUUGUCUCCUACGGCGACAUGGCUUGGCACGUCAACACCAACGACAGCUAUGACAAAUGUUUCCUCGGCUCAUCUGAGACGGCAGACGCCAACCGAGUGUUCUGCGGACAGCUCGGAGCCAUCUAUGUGUUCAGUGAAGCGUUAAACCCUGCUCAGAUAUUCGCCAUCCAUCAACUAGGCCCAGGAUACAAGAGCACCUUUAAAUUUAAAUCAGAGAGCGACAUCCACCUGGCUGACCACCAUAAGCAAGUGUUGUAUGAUGGGAAGCUAGCAAACAGCAAUUCCUUCACUUACAACGCCAAAGCCACAGACGCUCAGCUCUGCCUGGAGUCCUCCCCCAGAGAAAACCCGUCCAUAUUCGUGCAUUCGCCUCACGCUCUAAUGCUACAGGAUGUGAAGGCCAUCGUUACACACUCCAUUCACAGUGCCAUUCACUCCAUUGGCGGUAUCCAGGUGCUGUUUCCUCUCUUUGCACAGCUGGAUUUCCAUCAGCACAGUGAAAGCCAAGUGGAGACCACAGUGUGUUCCACUCUCCUGGCCUUCCUGUUCGAGCUACUCAAGAGCUCAGUGGCAAUGCAAGAGCAGAUGCUUGGUGGGAAGGGUUUCCUUGUGAUUGGGUACCUGCUGGAAAAGGCAUCUCGAAUGCACAUCACCAGGGCCGUUCUGGAGCAGUUCCUCACUUUCGCCAAAUACCUGAAUGGCCUUACCCACGGUGCGCCUCUUCUCAAACAACUCUGCGACCAUAUCCUGUUCAACGCAGCUAUUUGGAUUCACAUACCCGCAAAGGUGCAGCUCUCGCUAUACACGUACCUCUCAGCAGAGUUCAUUGGCACGGCAACCAUCUACAACACCAUCCGUCGAGUGGGGACUGUGCUCCAGAUCAUGCACAUACUGAAGUAUUACUACUGGGCUGUGAAUCCGACCCACAUCAGUGGCAUCACACCCAAAGGCCUGGACGGUCCUCGGCCCUCGCAGAAAGAGAUCGCCUCCCUCAGAGCCUUCAUGCUGCUCUUCCUCAAACAGCUCAUACUGAAGGACCGAGGUGUUAAAGAAGAUGAGCUUCAAAGUAUUCUCAACUACCUGCUGACCAUGCAUGAGGAUGAGAACCUCCACGAUGUUCUUCAGCUGCUGGUGGCCCUCAUGUCUGAGCACUCUGCCUCCAUGAUUCCUGCCUUUGACAAGAGGAACGGCAUCCGGGUGGUGUACAAACUACUGGCUUCCAAGAGUGAAAGUAUCCGGGUUCAGGCUCUUAAAGUUCUGGCAUAUUUCCUCAAACACUUAGGCCACAAGAGGAAGGUGGAAAUAAUGCACACAAACAGUCUCUUCACACUUCUUGGAGAACGACUCAUGCUGCACUCCAACACACUGUCGAUAACUACGUAUAAUACACUAUAUGAGAUUUUGACAGAGCAGGUUUGCACACAGGUCGUCCACAAGCCACAUGCUGAGCCCGACUCUACUGUGAAGAUCCAGAACCCAAUGAUUCUUAAGGUGGUGGCCACACUGCUGAAGAACUCCACGCCCAGCACGGACCUGAUGGAGGUGCGGCGUCUCUUCCUGUCUGACAUGAUCAAGCUCUUCAGUAACAGCCGUGAGAACAGACGGUGUCUGCUGCAGUGCUCCGUUUGGCAGGAUUGGAUGUUCUCUCUCGGCUACAUUAACCCUAAGAACUCAGAGGAGCAGAAGAUCACUGAGAUGGUUUACAACAUCUUCCGGAUUCUUCUCUACCACGCCAUCAAGCACGAGUGGGGUGGCUGGCGUGUGUGGGUGGACACACUCUCCAUAGCCCACUCCAAAGUGACAUAUGAAGCUCACAAGGAAUAUUUAGCUAAAAUGUAUGAGGAAUACCAGCGACAGGAAGAGGAGAACAUUAAGAAAGGGAAGAAGGGGCUUGUCAGCACCAUUUCGGGCCUUUCUGCCCAGGCUUCGGCCAUCAAAGGCACUCUGGAGCUGGACCCGGAUUCCCAAACUCAGACUCCUGAGAGUGAAGUGGAUGAACCAGAGACGACAGAUUCUGGGCGGAACCUCUUGUCUGAAACGAAAUGUUUGGAUGAGGAGAACCCAGCAACAGGUGUCCAUGUGGAAGCUCAUGACCUGCUUGUAGAUAUCAAAGCUGAGAAGGUUGAGGCCACAGAGGUGAAGAUGGAUGACAUGGAUCUCCUGCCUGUAACAGAAAAUGGAGGCUUGGUGGAAGUGGACUCUCUUCUGGAUAACGUCUACUCGGCUGCAGUGGAGAAGCUAAACAGCAGUGUAAACAGCGUGCUGGUACCCAAAGCCACCAUAGAAGACAAGAGCUCAGGUCCUCUCAUCACCCUGGCUGACGAAAAAGAUGCCAUUCCCAGCAACAACACUUUCCUCUUUGGCACGAUGGCGACCAGCUCGGGAGAAAACCUCCUUCCUGAAAUGGGACCAUCUGAACCUCUUCCGCUCUCAGGAGUGGAACCUCAGGUCCAUACAAGCUCUAGUGCAGACCUUGGGCUUCUGGCUCUCAUGACUAAGAGCUCGCAAGAGUUGGACGCUAACCCAAUGACUUUGGAGGAUGACCGCUUUAAGUUGCAGCCUGCUUUGAGUGGUUUUAAUGUCUCUGAAGGGGAAAGCCUGUCUAAAUGCCCGGGGCAGAUAGAGACCGUGGCAGUAGAUCUGGAGCCAGGGGUUUCUGGGGUAAAGAGCACUGCAGAUGUUACCAGCACAACAUCAGACACAGAGAAAUCAGAUGAUGGCAAAGAUAAAGAGGUUAAGAAGAUUCAGACUACUGCUACUACACAGAGUUUGCAUGGCCGUUCUGGUAGUCAUCUGGAUAGAGAUCAGCGAGUAGAUCUGGGUUUCAGAGGCAUGCCGAUGACAGAAGAGCAGUGUCGACAGUUCAGUCCUGGUCCCCGCACCACCAUGUUCCGUAUCCCAGAGUUCAAGUGGUCCCCAAUGCACCAGCGCUUACUUACAGAUCUGCUCUUUGCUCUAGAAGCAGACGUACACAUCUGGAGAAGUCAUUCGACAAAAUCCAUCAUGGACUUUGUCAACAGCAAUGAGAACAUAAUCUUUGUACACAACACCAUUCACCUGAUCUCACAAAUGGUGGAUAACAUCAUCAUCGCCUGUGGAGGAAUCCUUCCCCUGUUGUCCGCUGCCACCUCGCCCUCUAAUACCAAGACUGAAAUGGAAGGCAUCGAGGCGACGCAGGGCAUGUCGUCUGAGACGGCCGUGAUCUUUCUGACCCGGCUGAUGUCCAUGGUCGAUGUGCUGGUCUUUGCGAGUUCACUCAACUUCAGUGAGAUUGAAGCUGAGAAAAACAUGUCCUCAGGUGGACUAAUGCGACAGUGCCUCAGACUAGUAUGUUGCGUAGCUGUGAGGAACUGUUUAGAGUGUCGUCAGCGUCAGAGGGACAGAAUUCUGAAGUCCACCCUGUCCUUCAGUAAGUCUCAGGAGGGCCUGCAAGGCGUGUCCAUGGCCAGCAAGGACCCGGACCGACUUCUGCAAGACGUGGACAUCAACCGCCUGCGAGCUGCUGUCUUUCGUGAUGUUGAUGACAGUAAGCAGGCCCAGUUCCUGGCUCUCGCUGUUGUCUAUUUUAUCUCGGUGCUGAUGGUGUCUAAGUACCGGGACAUCUUGGAACCCGAGGCGGAGAUGGUCAGGUCUAUCAGCCAAUCAGGAAGAGGCAUUCGGCAGGAGAUAUAUUCCCCCACCAGCACAGUACAUUGUUGUGGCCUGGUUACAAGAACAGUUUGCCAGCCGUAUCAAAUCCAAGGUACAAUUAGUAAAAGAUUGUGUAUAAUUUAUUUUCCUCCCUCUCGCAGGAGUGUGGUGGUACAGGCCAAGAAGCCUCUGUCGGUGAAUACAGUGGGCAGUUCAGGCUCCAGCAGCACCCUGACCUCUGCUAGCACCCCGAACAUCUUCGCUGCUGCUUCAUCCGCUACGCCCAAGAGUAUGAUCAACACUACAGGAGCCACAGAUGCGUCUACCUCCUCUUCCUCCAGCUUUGUGAAUGGAGCCACCAGCAAGAAUCUGCCUGCGGUUCAGACUGUGGCCCCCAUGCCUGAGGACACCAUGGAGAACAUGAGUAUCACCACUAAACUGGAGCGAGCUCUGGAGAAGGUGGCUCCAUUACUGAGAGAGAUCUUUGUGGACUUUGCACCUUUCCUCUCUCGUACACUGCUGGGCAGUCAUGGGCAGGAGCUGCUCAUUGAAGGUCUGGUGUGCAUGAAGUCAAGCACCUCGGUAGUGGAACUAGUUAUGUUGCUAUGCUCUCAGGAGUGGCAGAACUCUAUACAGAAGAAUGCUGGCCUGGCUUUCAUUGAACUUAUCAACGAGGGAAGACUCCUUUGUCAUGCCAUGAAGGAUCACAUCGUUCGAGUGGCCAAUGAAGCAGAGUUCAUCCUUAACAGACAGCGAGCUGAGGACGUCCACAAGCAUGCAGAGUUUGAGUCUAACUGCGCACAGUACGCGGCAGACAGAAAAGAAGAGGAGACUAUGUGUGAUCACCUCAUCAGUGCCGCCAAACACCGUGAUCAUGUGACAGCCAAUCAGCUGAAACAGAAGAUCCUCAACAUCCUCACCAAUAAACACGGAGCCUGGGGCUCAGUAGCGCAGAGUCAGCUGCAUGACUUCUGGCGUCUGGAUUACUGGGAGGAUGACCUCCGGAGGAGGCGGAGAUUCAUCCGAAACCCUUUUGGCUCCACCCACUUGGACAUCACGUGCAAAUCGCUGGAGGACUACGGCCCUCAGGAAGACGAGGCCCUGAGAGGGAGGAAGGCCUUCCGUGGCCAGGCGGUGGUCAGCCAGAACCCUGAGACUGAGCUGAUGCUCGAGGGGGACGAUGACGCUGUCAGUCUACUGCAGGAGAAAGAGGUGGACAACUUGGCAGGCCCUGUUGUUUUGAGCACCCCGGCCCAGCUUAUUGCCCCGGUCACUGUAGCUCGUGGGACUCUCUCUAUCACUACCACGGAAAUCUAUUUUGAAGUGGACGAAGAUGACCCAGCCUUCAGACGCAUUGAUGCCAAAGUGCUGGUCUACUCUGAGGGGCUUCACGGUAAAUGGAUGUUCAGCGAGAUCCGCGCAGUGUUCACCAGACGCUUCCUGCUUCAGAACACAGCACUGGAGAUCUUCAUGGCCAACAGAACGUCCGUCAUGUUUAACUUCCCCGAUCAGCCCACAGUGAAGAAGGUGGUCCACAGUCUUCCUUGCGUUGGCGUCGGCACAAGUUACGGCCUUCCACAGGCCAGGCGGAUUUCUUUGGCCACCCCCCGUCAGCUCUUCAAGUCCUCUAAUAUGACUCAGCGCUGGCAAAGACGGGAGAUCUCCAACUUUGAGUACUUGAUGUUUCUCAAUACCAUUGCAGGAAGGACAUUCAAUGAUCUGAACCAGUAUCCUGUUUUCCCAUGGGUCCUCACAAACUAUGAGUUGGAAGAGCUGGACCUCACAAUUCCCGGAAACUUCAGAGACCUUUCAAAGCCAAUCGGAGCGCUGAACCCAAAGCGUGCUGUAUUCUACGCCGAUCGCUAUGAAUCAUGGGAUGAGGAAACUCCACCCUGCCACUACACAACCCACUAUUCCACUGCAGCCUCCACCCUCCACUGGCUUGUCCGAAUCGAGCCUUUCACCACAUUCUUCCUAAACGCCAACGGCAACAAGUUUGAUCACCCAAACCGCACGUUCUCCGGGAUCGCCCGCUCAUGGAGGCACUGUCAGCGUGAUACUGCGGAUGUGAAGGAGUUGAUUCCUGAGUUCUACUACCUGCCUGAGAUGUUUGUGAACAGUAAUGGCUACUGUCUGGGUGACAGGGAUGACGGUGUCCCUGUUUGUGAUGUAGAACUACCAGCCUGGGCAAAGAAACCAGAGGACUUUGUAAGGAUCAACAGGAUGGCCCUGGAAAGCGAGUUUGUGUCGUGUCAGCUGCACCAGUGGAUUGACCUUAUUUUUGGCUACAAGCAACGUGGACCCGAGGCGGCACGCGCCCUCAAUGUCUUUCACUACCUGACCUACGAGGGCUCCGUCAACCUCGACAGCCUCGCCAGUGAUCCCCCAUUGUACGAGGCCACUGAGGCUCAGAUCCAAAGUGUUGGACAGACGCCAUCUCAGUUGCUUAUCGAGCCACAUCCUCCCCGUAGCUCCGCCAUGCACCUGUGUUUCCUUCCGCAGAGUCCGCUCAUGUACAAGGAUCAGAUGCAGCAGGAUGUCAUCAUGGUGCUGAAGUUUCCCUCCAACUCUCCCGUCACUCACGUGGCUGCUAACACGCUGCCGCACCUGACCCUCCCCGCUAUCGUCACCAUCACCUGCAGCCGGCUCUUCGCUGUCAACCGCUGGCAUAACACCGUGGGUCUUCGAGGAGCUCCAGGAUAUUCACUAGAGCAGGCCCAUCACCUCCCCAUUGAGAUGGACUCACUUAUUGCUAACAACUCGGGUACAAACAAACGACAAAUCACUGACCUGGUUGACCAGAGCAUUCAGAUCAACACUCAGUGUUUUGUGGUGACGGCUGAUAACCGCUUCAUCCUGGUAUGUGGUUUCUGGGACAAGAGUUUCCGUGUUUACUCUUCAGACACGGGCAAGCUCACUCAGAUAGUGUUCGGUCACUGGGACGUGGUCACAUGUCUGGCACGCUCCGAGUCUUACAUCGGUGGUGACUGCUACAUUGUGUCGGGAUCCAGAGAUGCCACUCUGUUGCUCUGGUACUGGAGUGGGCGGCACCAUAUCAUAGGAGACAACCCUAACAACAGUGAUUACCCAGCUCCUCGUGCGGUUCUGACCGGUCAUGACUAUGAGGUGGUGUGUGUGUCAGUGUGUGCUGAGCUGGGAAUUGUAAUCAGUGGAGCAAAAGAGGGGCCAUGUCUGGUCCACACCAUCACUGGGGAUCUUCUGAGGGCGCUGGAGGGCUCUGACAGCUGUGUGCUUCCCCGCCUGAUCUCAGUGUCCAGUGAAGGUCACUGCAUCAUCUACUAUGACAGGGGUCAGUUCUGCAACUUCAGCAUCAACGGCAAGCUGCUGGCCCAGAUGGAGAUCAACGACUCCACGCGUGCCAUCCUCUUGAGCAGUGAUGGGCAAAAUCUAGUGACUGGAGGAGAUAACGGGGUGGUGGAGGUCUGGCAGGCCUGUGACUUCAAGCAACUGUAUGUCUACCCUGGCUGUGACGCCGGCAUCCGAGCCAUGGACCUGUCACAUGAUCAGAGGACUCUGAUCACAGGCAUGGCGUCUGGCAGCAUCGUGGCUUUUAACCUUGAUUUUAAUCGCUGGCACUUUGAGCAUCAGAACAGGUACUGAGAGCGAUCAGCCAGUGACGGCCAGCUGCAGCCUCGAACGGUUACGUGCCAAUACGGGAGGUGAUGUAACAAAUAACAUAUGGAAUAUGGAUCAAGAAAUGACACAAUGCUAGUUGGAGAAAUCACAGCAGUUUAAGUGUGGUAACCUACACUGAGAUUCAGCUGCUUAUACGUGUCUCAAAAAAUGCACAGGAGCAGUUGACAGAUGACAAUUUCAAAAUGAAUGGAGAGAGCACAGAUGGAGGCCAGUUUUUCAUCACAAAUUAUUUUAUCUAAUUGUCAUCAGAACCAACAAUAGUCUUGUCAAAAACAGCCUUUUUACUCGUAGUCCCGUCAUUUGAACUGUAAUCGUGACACUUUGCAUAGAGAACCAAUAACAAUAUUUUUAUGAGGUUUAUUUUCUACUGGCUUGCAGCAUAUUUCACUUUCUCUAGGUUUUUUUUCUUUCGGCCCUUGGGAAAGAAAAGCUACCUGAACAAUAAAUAAGUAAAAGUCCUCCCUCUGCUGCUGAGCUCAUGAAUGUAAAUGCUAUACAACUUCUUUUAAACUUGUCUGUGAGGCUGCUUUCUGACUUAUGUCCUGUUUAUGCGUUUGACAUCAUCAAAUGCUUUUUGAUAUGAUUACAAAGAGAGAGAAAAAAGAAAUGCUCUUUUGUUUAAUGUGACGUCCUGUAAUGUUUGUUCACUCAUCCUCCUCACGUGAGGAUGAAUGGUUUGUCUGUUGUGGAUGUAUUUCAUUUCAGAUGUGUGAUGUAUGCACCAUUAAAGACAAGCACCAAAUGAGGGUUGGCGCUGAUGCUGCAUCUGGGCAAAUAUUGUAAUUCUUGUGCAGUUUUAUCAUUUAAAGUCAUACAUGGCUUUACACAAACGCUGAGGUUUUUAGACUGGUAUUUGCACCUGUAACUGGUUUUUAUUUUGAAUAUUUUCUCAUUUGCAUACACCAAGCUUUGUACAUCUCAAAAACUAUUUUGAGUUUUCACAUGGUCAGAAUAUUAGGAUGAAGGGUGUGCGAUAAAUAUUAUUUGUUAUAUUCCUUUACUGUCUU